UUGAUCCAUAGGUGUUUCUAGCACCAUGCCCUGAACUUUGACUUGGAUAGAGGCAAGGUGAACUAAAUUGGUGAUCCAAACAGUUUUUGUAGUCCCAAAAGCUUUUUACCCGGAAGAUGGUGGCCUUCAGCGGGCUCUGCCGAAGUCUCUCUCGCCUGGUGAAGAGAACUGCUCAGUACAAGUUUGGGAAACUGAACACCUACAACAAUACCCAUCCACCAACUCAAAUAAAGAGCCAGGCAGUGUCAGAUGGUGAGCUGAACAUGUCUGGUCGUGGCUGUGGGGGCAGUUGUACCAGUCUGCCAGGGGCCCAAGGGGGAGAUGCCCAGGCCAGCAGUGUCGUCAGCUGGGCUGUGUGCUUCGAGAAGCUAUUGGAAGACCCCAUGGGAGUACGCUACUUCAAGGCCUUCCUGAGGUCAGAGGUGAGUGCGGAGAAUAUCCUGUUCUAUCAGGCCUGCGAGAAGUUCCGGGAGAUUCCACCCAGCCGGAUGAAAGAGUUAAGUGAGGAGGCUCAUGCCAUCUUCCAGACGUACCUGUCUGACCACGCUCCCUACGCUGUGAACAUCGACGACACGGCUCGCGUGGAGGAGAAGGACCUGCUGAAGCCUACACCUGAAAUGUUUGACAAGGCCCAGAAACAGAUUUUAAAGUUGAUGAAGAUGGACAGCUACAGGCGCUUCGUCCGCUCCCCUCUUUACCAGAAGUGUACCCUGGCCAGUGUGGAGGGUAGGCCACUACCCAGCAUCGCCGCUGAACCUACCAGCACAGGAUCAUGGGAGGACAUGGCCACCUUUAGCCGCUCCCUCAAUGACAGCAAGAAGCAGAAGGAUAAGCAGCGGGAGAAGAGGGGAUCGUGGGGAGUAGACGUGUCGUACACUAAGGUGAAUGUGUCUCGUAAGGACUAUCGGAUGUCCAACAGCAGUGUAGAGAAUGGUCGCUCUGGUCCCUCAGACCAGGGGCAGGGUGAUGGUUGCGGUAGUGUGGAGGGAGGUUACUGCUGUGUCUACCUGCCUGAUGGCAGUGCAUCCCUGGCCCCCACACGGCCUGGCCUCUCCCUCAGAGAAAUGCUGUCUGACCUCUGUGAGAAGAGAGGCUUCCCCCUCAAAGACAUCAUUAUCUACCUCCAUGGAAAGGACAGGAAGCCCCUAUCUCUGGAGCAGGACUGUUCAAUACUGAGGGACCAGCAGGUCUCCCUGGAGCUGAGGGUGACGUUUGCGUUGGAGGUGGUGUUCACUGGUAAGACAGUGGGCAUCAUGGUGAAGUCCAGUAAGACUCUGCAGGAUGCCCUGUCUGCGGUACUACAGAAACACCAACUCGCAUCCCACCAGGCCCGGGUCACCAUGGUCCAGGCAUUGUUCUGGUGUUGUGUACCCAAACUGGUGUUCCAGACCUUUUUAAACUCAGUAACCACAACUGCAUUCACUUUGGUUAGCAGUUCCAGGAUCAGUGGCCAAACUCCAGUCCCACAGGAGAGCGGUAGAUCUCCAGUAGGCCCAGAGGUCCAUGUGCCUCCUCAGGCAGACGGAGCCAAGCCCAGGGUCAGGAGAAACCAUGAGAUGGAGGUGAUGAUAGAGCUGUUGUCCAGGGCCCAGGCCUGUAGGGUGGAUGACCAGAGAGGCCUGCUGACCAAGGAACACCUGGAGCUUCCCCAGUUCCUCCUGAACCCCUCUGUCCACGACCAGGAGACUCAACAGGGGGAGGCUGGAGAGGUGACAGGGGGAUGGAGCCCCCACAGACACUGAGGAGUCAGACAACCAUCCCACUCCCAUCCCUGUUGGAGCAGCAGUCUGGAGUCUGUCACUCAUCAGGUUCCAAACGCACAGGCUCACAGGAAACGUGUGUGGGCGGGAGUUGGUGUUAAAAUUUUAACAAACUGUAUACAUGAAGACCCCAACUAUUAAGAGGGCAAUAGUCUAGCACUUUUGCCUAUGAUUGUCUAAGUUCAGAGACAUGUCUUAUAAUACCUUUUUGUACAAAAUGUAAUGAAAUGCAGAGUCUGUUAUAGGUUUCAAUUCCUCCCCUGAAUUCACUUCUUUUGGAAUGAAGGAAUGACUUCAUUCACGAGGGUCUUGCAUCUCUAAGUUGAACUUUAUAUUUUACUAAGCACUUUGAGUACAUGUUCUUUGUGAUUUGAGAUUUAACUGCUUUUAUUUUAGCACUUUUCUCUUGUGAAAGUUUCAUAUUUAUUUGAUUGUCUGGCAUUUAAUAUUUUUGAGCACAUCAUUGUUUGCCCUUUGAAUGCCAGGUCCUCUGUGAUGGUCAAUCCUUCUGUCUGUGUUAUCAGAGUGCUAUUCAGGGUCUAACUUCAGUAUUAACUUAUCUUUCCAUGCAUUGCACAUGAAUAAAUCGGGUAUCAUUGA